GCAGAUUGGGCACGGCGACCGGCCCCACCGUCUCUGCUCCUCGCCCGCGCUGCCUGCCGCCGCUGCAAGAUCCAUGGCCCCGGCGACCGCUGGCAGCAGCUCCCGCGCGGUCCUCCCGCUUCUCCCCGCGCUGGCCCUCGCCGUCUUCGUCCUGCUUCUCGCCCCCGCCGUCGCCGGCGAGGAGGCCGCGGCGCCGCUGGAGUUCCACGUCGGCGGGCCGCGCGGGUGGCGCGUCCCGGACGGCAACACCAGCUACGGCUGGUGGGCCACGAACAACCGCUUCCGCGUCGGCGACCACCUCCUGUUCAGGUACGCCAACGACUCGGUGCUGCUGGUGGAGCGGCCGGCCUUCGACGCCUGCAACACCACGGCGCCACUCGCCACGUUCAACGACGGCGCCACCACGUUCCCCCUCGACCGCCCGGGCUUCUUCUGCUUCAUCAGCGGCGAGCCGGGCCACUGCGAGCAGGGCCAGAAGCUCGUCGUGCGCGUCAUGGUGCACCUGGCCGCGCCCGGCCCGGCCUCCGCUCCAGGGGCACCGGGACAGCCGGGCCACGUCGGCGGCCGCCCCAGGCCGCCGGGAUUGCCCGGCGCCACCUCCGACGCAACCACAGCCGCUGCCGCGGCCGCUGGCGUCGCCGUCGCGGCGGCGCUGGCUGCCUUUGUCAGCCUCGUCCUGAUGAUCGAGUGACAGCAGUUUUGCAGCGUAUGCAUGCGAACUCGCCUGCGUAGUUUGUUAGGUUAUUAUAAUCUUAAUCUGCCUGUGUUUAUUUCUGCUUAGGAUUCCUGUGGCUUUUUACAUAUUCAUGACUCUUCUCAUG